GUUCUUUGAAAUUGCUGUAAUUACAAAUCGUUAGAUCAGUGAUAGGAAGUUGCAAAUUAGCUAUAAAGAAAAAGUGAGUACACUUUAAAGGUGAAUCAGGGAGUGGGAUUGGCUCUGGUUUCAUCUAUGACCUAUAUAUGUUCACUCUCUUUAAACCCUUGUGAUAUUAUCUUCUUACAUGGGAAUAUGCAGUAAAUGAAUAUUGCCGUCCCGCCAAAUUUGAUUGUGAGCCGCUUGAAGAUUUCUAAUAGUAGAUAUAGCUCACUUAUGAGUCUGAUUUUGUUUCACAUGGCUUUAAUUCUGGAUAUACUUUCCGAUUCGCAUAAUCCAUGAGCCAAAUGGAUUUUGAUAAUCCCUGAUAUGGACUCUGGUUCUGAAUUGCUGGUUAUUAAUAAAUGUAAUCAAGCAUAACUACCUCAACGUGUAGUGAUUAGAGUUAAGAUGCGAACCUCUUGCAGAGUUUGAUUUCCACGUGUGAUGGUCCAGUUUCAAACUUUAGAGUUGAAAUCUCCAUUUAUUCUCCAAAACCUGAUUUAAUUUGGUAACAAGGAAAUUAAUUCCUGCCGAGGAUGCUUUUAUGACUUGAUACGUUAAUCGAACACUACAGGAAGGAGCGCUGUUAUCUCUAACAAAUGACUCAAGAUUUCCUGUAGAAAUUCCACUACUUGUUCUUCCUGGCCUCUUAGAGAUGCUCCUUUCUUCUGGCAAAAUUCUAUAUCUUUGUCUAUGGACUUCUUCCUGGAGUUUGCUCCCACAGGAGUUACUACUCUGCCACACAAGCUUCUUUUGUUUACUUAUUUUGUGAAGAAAACCAACGAGGUUGUCAUCUUUAAGUCAACAGCGCUCCUCCGUGGCAUAAAUACACACACACACACACACCUCUACCCUUCUCCACUUAAAUACCAAGCUUUUGUCGCCUAAUCCACACAUCAUGUGUUGCGCUCUUAUCAUUAAACCAAAACCAUGGGAUCUCUUCCAUGACAGAAUAUCUUGAUUGGACUUACGUGAUUCGUUCUCCCUGCUGCCCUAAAAGUGAGAAGCUGGCGACAAACUAUAAGAAAAAGCAAAUGAAAGGGAGGAAAAUAAACCCAUACAUAUCAUAAAACGAUGGAAGAGGAAAGAGAGAUCAGAGAGUAGGCUCUAGACUUAUGUUAUGUGUGAAAUUUCUAAUCAUGUGACAUUAGCUAUUGGGUUACUUUAGGAAAAAAGUUACCUACACCCGGUGUUUACACCAUCUCAUAUUAAUUUAUGGUUAAGUGGUAAAUUAAGCUGAGAAUACAUAUUCAUCUAUUAUGGUUAAAUGAUAAAGGUAUGUGUAAAAGAUACAUGUCACGUAUUUUUGAAUUGGCACAAACACUGGGCGUAGACAAGUUUAACCCAGUUAGUGAUUUCUAACUUCAAAAUUGGCUGCUCAUUAUUUGCUCAUAUAGCUGAACAAGCUUUCUGAAGACUUUGGCAGGAUUUUAGAAUCACUCGCUGCUGUAAAUGUAGUAUCUUUAUACGGAUGUUCUAAUCUGACAAGUGAAGAGAGUUGCCAGCAAGGAGCACAAAAUGUUUCAAUAGUUUUAAUUAUAAUACAUGGCCACUGAACUAAUUGAAAGGCUCGUGGUAUAUCUGGUCAAAAAAUUCUAAAAAUAUUUUACCACCUGUUCUAGCAUAGUAACGUAAUGUUGGUUGUCUGAGGUCAUCACAUUUUUGCUUCUUUACCCUGUUCCCCCCAAGGGCAUUGGUGCACACUCUUUUGAAAACAUCAAAAGGGCAUUUUGUACGUCAUUGUCUAUAAUUAUGCACUUAAAUCUAUUUGAAUAUGCUUCAACAAUUACUUGAGAUGUGAGAAGAUUAAUUAGAUUAUGAAGAACAUCACAUUUUUCCGAGUACAUUGGUGAAAACAUGAAAGUUCUAGAACAAGUAAGUGUACCUGCCUCCUGUUAGCUGAUAGCUUUUACUAGGAAUUUGGUCCCUCGUGAACCUUUACAUUAACUGCUUGAUUGGCCUGAUAUCCAGACACAAUAAACUGACUUGUUCUUUAGGAUGCCGAGAGAUGUCUGAACGCCUGGCAGGUGCUAGAAAGGGAGCAGAUCAUGAAUAAAUUUCAAGAGGUGACGUCUCAGCUUGAACAAGCUUUAAGUGGAAUUUAUUAUGAAAAGCUUGACAUAUCCGACGAAGUUAAAGAACAGGUUGAACUUGUCCUUUCUCAGUUCCGAAGAGCCAAGGGAAGGAUUGAAACACCUGAUGUUGAACUGCAUGAAGAUUUGUUUUCUCUUUAUAGCAAGUGUAAUGAUGCUGUGGUAGAUCACGCUGUCCUUAGGCGGUUAGUCGAUAAGCUACAGCUGACUGAAUUAGAUGACCUUAAACAAGAAUCACUAGCUUUGCAUGAAAUGGUCAUUGCCACAGAUGGGGAUCCCGAGGAGAGAAUAGAAAAGAUGUCAAUGCUACUGAAGAAAAUUAAGGACUUCGUACUGACUGAGAACCCAAACAUUGAUUCUUCUGCAAGGGAAAAGUCUUCAAUGUUUAGUGGACAAGCAUCUGAAGACGGGAGCCAGAAGGCCCCAGUUAUACCAGAUGAUUUUCGUUGCCCUAUAUCCCUGGAGUUGAUGAGAGAUCCCGUCAUUGUUUCAACUGGGCAGACCUAUGAACGUUCUUGUAUUGAGAAGUGGCUGGAAGAUGGGCAUAGCACUUGUCCCAAGACCCAACAAGCUCUCACAAGCAAAGCUCUGACACCCAACUACGUGCUGCGUAGCCUUAUAGCACAGUGGUGUGAAGCAAAUGGGAUUGAACCACCCAAAAGACCAGGUAGUUCUCGACCCAAUAAAUCAGCAUCCGCAUGCACCCCUGCCGAGCGCUCGAAGAUUGAAAAUCUCCUGAGAAAGCUCAAAUCUGGCAGCCCUGAAGAGGAACGCUCUGCUGCAGGUGAAAUCCGCCUUCUUGCGAAACGUAAUGCUGAUAAUCGUGUUGCAAUCGCUGAAGCGGGUGCCAUUCCUCUGCUGGUCCACCUUCUAUCCACACCUGAUUCUCGGACCCAAGAGCAUGCUGUUACAGCACUUCUUAACCUUUCCAUAUGUGAGCACAAUAAAGGAAACAUCGUAACUUCAGGGGCAGUGCCUGGUAUUGUGCAUGUGCUGAAGAAGGGGAGCAUGGAAGCCCGCGAAAAUGCAGCAGCCACCCUAUUCAGCCUUUCAGUUAUAGAUGAAAAUAAGGUUACCAUUGGGUCUUCUGGAGCAAUUCCUCCACUAGUAGCAUUAUUAAGUGAAGGUACCCAAAGGGGAAAGAAAGACGCUGCUACAGCGCUUUUCAAUCUGUGCAUUUAUCAAGGGAACAAGGGCAAGGCAAUAAGGGCUGGAGUUGUACCUACACUAAUGCGGCUGCUCACGGAACCACAAGGUGGUAUGGUUGAUGAAGCACUUGCUAUUUUAGCAAUCUUGUCAAGUCACCCAGAAGGGAAGGCAGCUAUCGGAGCUGCAGAAGCAGUUCCUGUUUUGGUGGAUGUUAUCUCAAAUGGGUCUCCAAGAAACAAAGAAAAUGCAGCUGCAGUUUUAGUACACCUCUGCUCUGGGGACCAACAUCAUCUAGUCGAAGCGCAGCAACUAGGUUUGAUGGGUCCUUUGAUGGAUUUAGUACAAAAUGGCACAGAAAGGGGUAGAAGGAAGGCAACCCAAUUGCUUGAAAGACUGAACAGAUAUGCUGAGCAGCAAAAACAGCCCCAGGCGCAAGCGGAGUCUCAAAUUCAUCACCAGCUGUCGCGGUCGCCACCCAUAUCGACUAAUACCAUUGGCAGUUGACUGCUUACAACAACAACUAAGCCACAAUCCCAGACAAGUUGGGGUCCGCUAUAUGACAGUUGAAUGCUUAUUGUUCUUUUUUUUCCUAGUUUGUUUGGCUUUUCUUUCUUGGUUCUUUUACUAAGCAUUUGAUGACAUUUAGCAUGGCUUAGAGAAAGAAAGGGUGGGGUGAGGGAAAGGUGGAAGAUCACCAGUCCCAUUCAUUAAGUUAUUUAUUUGAUUUUCUUGGGUUGAGGCUUCUACUCCCAUGAGAAUAAGCGAUGGAACGAGGGUAAGACCUGAAAAAACAUACAAGGAAAAAAUUGACUUGCAAAAAUGUCUGAUGUAUCAUUGUAACAGUUGUACAAGUGUUAUCUUCCUCAGUUUUUAUAGAAGGAGAUGCUUUCCAUUA